AUGGGUGUCGGAAACCGAUUCAAGAAGCAGGGCCCUCCCGAGCCACUGUCGGAGGCUCACUUCGCCAAGCUCAAGAGAAAGGCUGGCCUCCCCGUCGAUGAGCCCACCGAGGCACCCCAGAACAAGAGGCGACGCGCGAGCAAGCAGCAGGCCGCCGCACCGCCUGCGAAGAAGGCCAAGUCCGCCAAGGGCACCAAUGGUGUAAAGGCCGACGCCGCUGUCACCCCUGCGGUGAACCCGCGCAGCAAGCCCAAGAAGGGCAAGAAGGCCAAGGUCGUCGAGGAGGAGGCCGAGCUUUCGGACGACGAUGACAUGGCCGACCUUGCUGCCAGCGACGACGAACUCUCUGGCCUCGACGGCGACGCUACGCUGGGCGACGAUUUCCUCGGCUCUGACGACUCGGUAUUCGACUCUGACGACCCCGAGCAGGAGCAGAACAAGCACGUCUUCUCCGAGGACGAGGACGACUCGGAUGGCGAGGAGGCGCUGAGCCGGGCGAACCUCGAGGGUCUCUCGCGCAAGCUCGACGAGCAGGCGGCGCAGGAGGCCGAGGAUGCGGCGGCUGAGCUCGAGGAGAUGGGCCUGCAGACGAAUAUCGCCGAGACGGGCAUGGUGCUUGAUGACGACAACGAGGACCCCAAGAAGAAGGCCCUCGCGCCGGAUCUGCACGUUCUCCGCAACCGCAUGACCGACAAUGUGCGCAUUCUCGAGGAUUUCGCCAAACUGGCCGACCCCGGCCGCAGCCGCUCCGAGUACACGGCGCAACUGAUCAAGGACAUUUGCGGCUACUACGGCUACUCAGAAUACCUUGCUGAGAAGCUGUUCAACCUGUUCAGCCCGAGCGAAGCCUUCUCCUUCUUUGAGGCCAACGAGAGCCCGAGACCCAUCGUCAUUCGCACCAACACUCUGAGGACACACCGCAGAGACCUCGCCCAGUCUUUGAUCUCUCGAGGUGUUGUCCUGGAGCCUGUCGGCAAGUGGAGCAAGGUCGGUCUCCAGGUCUUUGAGAGCAGCAUUCCCCUCGGUGCCAGCCCCGAGUACCUCGCCGGACACUACAUUCUGCUCGGCGCGCGCAACGUCGUCGUCUCCAACUACGAUGCGCGAGAAUUCCCCAAGCCCAUGGGCGGUUUCGACAGGGUCCUCCUCGAUGCUCCUUGCUCCGGAACGGGCGUCAUUGCCAAGGAUCCCAGCGUCAAGACCAACAAGACGGAGCGCGAUUUCAUGAUGCUCCCACACAUGCAGAAGCAGCUGCUCCUCGCCGCCAUCGACUCGGUGAACCACAACAGCAAAACGGGCGGCUUCAUCGUCUACUCCACCUGCAGCGUCACCAUUGAGGAGAACGAGGCCGUCGUGCAGUACGCCCUCUCCCGGCGCCCAAACGUCAAGCUCGUCGACACGGGCCUCCCCUUCGGCAAGGAGGGCUUCACGUCGUACAUGGGCAAGACGUUCGACGCCUCCCUCAAGCUGACGCGCCGCUACUACCCGCACACGUACAACGUCGACGGCUUCUUCGUGUCCAAGUUCCAAAAGGUCGGCCCCACGCCCGCCAAGGCCGUCGCCGGCCCCGCCGACGCCGACCGCCUGUCCGUCGCGGCCAAGAACGGCCGCCGCGCGGGCGACGGCGGCGACGACGAGGGUGCCCUCGUCGACAGGACGCCCGUUGGUGCCGAGGAGGAGGAGGAGGGCGCCGGGACGAGCGACGACGGGUUCGGCGGCUUUGAUGACGAGGAGGAUGAGGGGUAUAUGCUCAAGGCGAAGAGGAAUGCCAUGCGCAGGAGGGGUCUCGAUCCGCACGCGCUCGACAAGGGCGCGGCGAACGCCAAGGGGGAGAAGAAGGGCGAGGACAAGACGCGGGAGGACGGCAAGUCGAAAAAGGCCCACAAGGCCAAGGCCGAGGACGAGGAGCCCGUCGUGGAGGAGCCCGUCGCCGCCGUAGAGAAGAAGAAGAAGAAGGCGCCCAAGGGCGAGAAGAAGACCAAGAAGCCCGCUGACGAGGUCGAGCUGAAGAAGGCCGGCCUGAUCACCGAGACGGCCGAGAAGGUUGUGCCCGAGACGAAGACGACGCCCGAGAAGAAGAAGGGCAAGAAGGGCAAGAAGACGGGCGGAAAGUAG